AUGAUAGACGCCAACCAGCUCCAUCGCCGCCUGCUCAAGUUCACGCGGGGGGACGUGAAGGACGAGGGCGAGGCGCUCGAGGUGCUGCGCGCGCUGGAGAAGUCCGCCAUCACGUACGACGUGCUCAAGGAGACCAAGAUGGGGCAUACAGUGGGCAAGUUGCGCAAGCACGAGAACGAGAAGAUUGCGAGUUUGGCGCGACUGCUGGUGAAGUCGUGGAAGCACGACAUGGCGCAGUCGCCUCGCGUUACUUCAGCGGCUGCGCGCAAACUGUCGUCCACUGCCAAAGCUCCAGCAGUGGAUUUAACCGCCAAUCAGAGCGCUGGAAGCAGCAAUGGACUUAAAAAGGCACCCAAGUCUGACGCGGCAGAAAAAAAGAGCUUUUUGUCGCUCAUUCCUGCUGGACUGGACAAAGUACGUGCUACAGUGCGGACCAAGUUGAAAGAGAUCUUGGACGUGUCGGAAGGAGGUGGUGACCCCGGACAAAUGGCAGCGGAGAUUGAAGUGGCCAUGGCGAGGAUGUAUCAUAUGGGAGCUCCUGGCGAGCUGAAGAAAGAGUACAUGGCCAAGUACCGUCAGCUGUCGUUCAAUCUGAAAAAGAACUGCGAGUUGCGGCAGAAUUUGCUGGACGACAGUGUCAGUGGGGACCAACUGGUCAAGAUGACGGCCGAGGAAUUAGCAACAGAAGAGAAACGAGCACAGAUUGAGAAACUGCGUGACGACGCGUUCCAGGAAGCGCGAUUGGAUUGGGCUGAAGCGAAUCACGAAAAGAUCCAGAAACAGACGGGCACGGAAGGCACCAAGGGUCUGUUUACGUGUGGCCGGUGCAAGUCGUCCAAGACCAGUAACACACAGAAGCAGACACGCAGUGCCGAUGAACCCAUGACGGUCUUUGUCAUGUGUCAUAACUGCGGCAACCGAUGGAAAUGCUAG